UUCAAGCAGCCGAACGUUAUGGAUGCUAAAACAUAAAAACGGAAAUGAAAUAAGAAAAGAAAACUAAAAUCGAGCGGGUAAUUGAAUUUGGCUGAUGAUGGUAGUAAGUGUGGCAUAAAUCGUUGAAGUGAAUAUAAAAAACGAGUAGGUGAAUGCUUGAGCACUAAACAGAGGUGAGCAUUCAUGCGUACGCUUUUGAGUUGUGUUUGUGUGCAUACUUAUAAAACGGAAAUGCUUUCGGCGCCAUCUUGGAAUUCCUUUUGUGCGUUAGUUGAAAUUGAAAAGUGUGUUAAAAAGUGAAUGGUUCAAAAAAGUAAGAGAUUCGACGGUGGCUGUUAAUGAGAGUUUAAUUUGUGAUUCUACUAAAGUGCACACGUUGACGCUUCUACGUGUAUGUGUUGAAUAUAUUUAUAAUAUAAAAGUACUUUCCCUGGGUUUCGUUAUAUUUGCAUGUGUACCUGAAGACAUUAAAGAAAUAAAAAUAAGAACAAAAAAUAUCAACUAGCUUAUCGCACAAAGAUUUAAGAAGAGAAGUAAAAUAUCAAGAGAAACCGCACAUGAGGCGACGCAUCAAGGCGAGAUACGAGUAUUAAAUAUCUAUAUCGAGAUAUACCCGUAUAAAUGAACGCGGGCAUGGGCAUAUCAAAUAAAAAUACCCUGCGAAGUCCCAGUCAAUAAACGAGCGUAUAUCACAUGCACCUACACAUUUUUAUUAGAAUCAACUAUCAAUAAAUAACGACAAUUAAGUGAAGAGUGACGUAACAUUUACUUAUAAAAUUGUAUAAAAUCAAAGUGAGUGCCAUAUAUCGGCACACAACCAAUAUGGGUGGUGUUUUGAAAUAAUGCAAAAUGUCCAACCCCACAAACUGAGCGUGUUAAGAAAAGCUGAACCUCGCAUUACUUGCAGAUGUGAAUUCAAUUGAGAAAAAUCAAGUGUAAAGUGUUAAAUUGUUGAAUACGCAAAAAAAAAGUGAAAAUUUAAUUUCGAAUAUUACGAAACGUGUCAAGAUGUUGAGCACGCCGCAAAAGUCGUUGCACACAAUUGCCGCCAAAAAUCGAUUGCCAUUGCGAAUGCAUAAAUUCCGCAGCGGAAGCGGAUAUGGCCAAAGGAGCCUGUUGAGCUGCACUCACUACACGGUGCUACUGGCGACCGCAAUUUUAGUCUUAAUCAGCGCGCAUGCCAAGAGCGCACUACUCUAUGACAAUAACGAUAGCAAUAGCAACAACAGCAAUAGUAAUAACAAUAACAUUAACAAUAAUGCACCAUCAAGAGAUGCCACCGCGAUGCCACCACAAGAGGCCGCCACUCAAACAAUGCCACAGUCCGCAUCAUUUAACCCAUUGUCCGAGAAAGUGGGGGAAGCGGAAAGGUUAUUUCAGGAGCAGGAAGAUGUCGUAAUUCCUGUGGACUCCUCUGUUAAGGAGAAAUCUAUGGUAGAAAAUCAGUACAAUGGCAGUGUAUAUAAUCAUAAACAACAACUGGAGCAGCACAAUCAUAUCAAUCAGCAGCAGGAGGGGGUUGAACAACUGACACCAAUGCAAGACCAGCACCAGCAUCACAGCCAAACCCGUCAGCAUCAUCAUCAUCAUCAUCAGCAGCAGCAGCAACAUCCUCAACACCAUCAUCAUCACCAUCAUCACCAACAACAACAAGCAGAGCUUGAGAAACAAGUAAAACCACAAAUACAGACCCAAUCUCAGCCACAACCGCAAAAGCCAUUGGAACUAUUCGAGAAAGUGCGGCACGUAGCGGAAGCGGGAGGUUGGCAGCAGCGGAAGCUGCACGCACACCAUCUUAGUCACAACAUGUUUACCUCACCAUUGCGCGGAGUCAGCGCCAAGCGCUACUACCACAGCAAAUACUCCAUCGAGGAGCUGAUGAAUAUGAAAGUACAGCACCGACUCUCCGACGAUAUCGACAUGGAUCCAUGCAAAGCAGGUGGUUUCAUGGGUGAUAUCGCACUGCCCGACAUUAAUUAUGACGAUGACCCCGUUGUUGCACACACUGUACUUAUACCGGUAGAAGAGAGCCGCCACGCAGCUAACGACGAUGACGAUGGCGAUGGUAAGAGCUAUGGGGAGGGUAGUGAAAGUUUAAUCAAGCAAGAGGCAGACGAAAAAGAUAACGCUUGGGAUUGGCAAUCAGAUGCACGAGCCGACACGCCGACAAUUGCUGAAAAAGUCCCAGCCACUGUUAAAAUCAAUGCAUCCUUCCAACAAGAAUUGGAAAUUCUCAAGCAAGAGGUUUACCAUGAAGGCUUACAGGUGGAGGAGGAGGGUCUCACUCACAUUAUACGCAAGAAAACCAAACUGCCGAAUUCACGUUAUGACUACAACAACAAAAAUGAACGUAGCCGCAAUGAUCCGGCUCUGUCGGCCAAUGAACCGGUGAAACCCACAAGCUUUUCAAUGAAUACGGACUAUUUGAUGAAAAACUUGAAAAAUGAAGUUAUCAGUAGCAGCAACAAUAACGACAAUGGUCAGCGCUACAGACCGAGCCCCAUUUACCAUCCGGUUGAUGGCUCUUUUUUCGAUUCGAAGCCAGCAAAUCGCGAAAAAUCCAAGGAUACGGACUUGAAUGAAACAAAGUUGUUAGGUGCACACAAACAACAACAAUUACGGCAGCGCGCUCUUAGUAGCGGUAGUGGAAGCACUGGUGGAUUGCAUACACGUCCUGGAAAAGCCACAACUUUUGAUGCCAAUGGUAAAGUGGAAUCGAUUGCACUACAUCGUAGUGGAGAGUAUUUUGGGCCAGCAGUGAAUAGUGGCGACAGCAGCGGUGCGGCUGGCGGUUUCGGACGCACACCGAUUGAGAAAGCAGUAGAAGUAGAAAAGCAGCGCAAAGCCACAGUAGGCAUUAACAAUCGAAACGUCGAUCAACGAAAAAUACAAUCGAACACGAAGGACAUCGAAAUGGAUUCAGGUAAUAAUUUUGUUGCCGAGCGUCGCAUGGUCAUACUGCCAACUUCGCUACCCACUCAGCGCUCGACACUACCGAAUGUUUACAGUAAUUCCGGUGGCAAUGGCAUGAAACUAGAUGAUGUGGAUUUUUUGCACGCUGAAGGUGCAGUGCGACGACGACAUCGACGUGGGCGCAAACACAGACGCAGCUCAGAUAUUCGGCAUGCGGAUUUUAAUGUGAAACUACAGCGCCUGAAGGAGGAACUCAAUCGGCCGGUGCAUAUCAUUCACGAUUACCAAACGCAAAUGCGACGCCAACUGCCAUUACACAAUGUGGACGGUCACCUCCCCGUCGGCCAUAAAACACAUAACAAGAAGCAAACAGCGAAAAUUGGAGUAACAACUGCUGCAGCAGAUAAAACUGAUAAAACAGAAGCCUUCAAUGAGCGACUGCUAAAACAAGAGUACGUACAGCAGCAGAAGCAGCAGCUGGGACUAGAACGGCAACAACAUCAUCAACGUCACCACCAAUGGAUGCCCGUACAGCAAGUAGAGCAAAGUCUAGCCAAAAAUUUCAAUUAUUCAGCAAUACAAAACGAUGAGCUGGAAGCAUUAGAUGGUAGAGGAGAAUUCGACGCCUACGACCCCAUCACAGCCAACAGGGAGCGGAGCGUCGGAGUAAGUGCAGAUACUGACAGCAAAACACAAACACCGUUAGAAAUGGAGCUACAAAAAGCUGAGAGUUCAAAGCACUUGAAGCAUCGCAAUCGAAUGGUGCGCGCUGUGACAGCGAAGAAGGAGCGUAUCUGGGAUUACGGUGUCAUACCAUACGAAAUUGACGGCAACUUCAGUGGGUUGCACAAGGCACUAUUCAAACAGGCAAUGCGGCAUUGGGAAAACUCCACUUGCAUCAAAUUCAUUGAACGUGAUCCAGACAUACAUCCAAAUUAUAUUGUCUUUACAGUACGCAGUUGUGGGUGCUGUUCAUUUGUUGGCAAACGCGGCAAUGGAGCGCAGGCCAUAUCAAUUGGUCGCAAUUGCGACAAAUUCGGCAUUGUAGUGCAUGAACUAGGUCAUGUUGUUGGCUUUUGGCACGAGCACACCCGUCCCGACCGCGAGAAGCAUGUCGUUAUCGAGCACAACAACAUUAUGAAGGGUCAAGACUACAAUUUCAACAAACUGACACCGGAGGAGGUCGACUCGUUGGGACUGCCUUAUGACUACGACUCCAUUAUGCAUUAUGCGCGCAAUACAUUCUCCAAAGGCACCUACCUCGAUACCAUUCUACCCAUUGAAAUAAAGGGUAGAAAGCGCCCUGAAAUUGGUCAACGUUUACGCUUGAGUGCGGGUGAUAUUGCGCAGGCGAAUUUACUCUACAAGUGUCCUAAGUGUGGCCGUACAUUUCAAGAGAAUACCGGCAUAUUUGCCAGCCCUUCAUAUUACACGGCUGGUGCAUUGACUAACGAAACGGAGCAAUGUGAAUGGCGCAUCACAGCUACGCAUGGGGAGCGCGUGGUAUUGAAGUUGGAGAAUAUGAACAUUUUUAAGUCAAAUAACUGUCAAACCGAUUAUUUGGAAAUACGAGAUGGUUAUUACUUCAAAUCACCUUUGAUCAAGCGCUUCUGUGGCAAGGUGAAUGGAGAGAUUUUAAAAACGGAAUCGAGUCGUAUGCUCUUGACUUAUGUUAACACACAUCGCAUGGACGGCUUUCGCGGAUUCAAGGCGGAAUAUGAUGUCAUCUGUGGCGGUGAGAUGUCUGUCGACGAUUCUGAGGGUCGUUUAGAGUCGCCCAACUAUCCGUUGGAUUACCUGCCAAGCAAGGAGUGCGUGUGGAAAAUCACCGUGCCGAGAGGCUACCAAGUGGCGCUCAAGUUUCAAUCGUUCGAAGUGGAGAAUCACGAUAGUUGUGUAUACGAUUAUGUCGAGGUGCGAGACGGUGCUACAGAGGAUGCGCAAUUGAUUGGCGUCUUUUGCGGCUACAAACCUCCACCAAACAUGAAGUCAAGUGGCAAUGCUAUGUACGUGAAAUUCUUGUCGGACUCAUCCGUACAGAAAGCCGGCUUCUCAGCCAUUUUCAUGAAGGAGGUAGACGAGUGCGAGACACAAAAUCAUGGCUGUGAGCAUGACUGCAUCAAUACGCUGGGUGGAUACGAGUGUAGCUGUCAUAUUGGCUACGAAUUGCAUAGUGAUAAAAAACAUUGUGAAGAUGCUUGCGGUGGCGUCAUCGAAUACCCCAACGGUACCAUAAGUUCCCCAUCAUUCCCGGAUGCUUAUCCGGUAUUGAAGGAAUGCAUUUGGGAAAUUAUUGCACCACCAAAACACAAGAUAUCACUCAACUUCACUCACUUCGAUCUGGAGGGCAACACACAACAACAAACGGAUUGCGGUUAUGAUUCGGUUACUAUAUACUCCAAAUUGAGUGAGAAUCGUUUGAAGCGCAUUGGUACAUACUGCGGUACCACCAUACCACCCACCGCCACCUCGGAGGGCAAUGCGCUACGCGUUGAAUUUCAUUCUGAUAAGACUAUACAAGGCACUGGUUUCGCAGCGGUAUUCUUUACGGAUAUCGAUGAGUGUUCGACCAAUAAUGGUGGUUGCCAGCAUGAAUGCCGCAACACUAUCGGCUCGUACAUGUGUUUCUGCCACAAUGGCUAUUCGCUACAUGAGAAUGGACACGAUUGCAAGGAGGGAGAAUGUAAACAUGAAAUAUCGGCACCUUUUGGCACCAUCUACAGUCCAAACUUCCCGGACCUCUAUCCGCCGAAUGCUGAUUGCGUAUGGCACUUUUCAACCACACCAGGCCACCGCAUCAAGUUGAUAUUCAAUGAUUUUAAUGUGGAGUCGCAUCAGGAAUGCGCCUACGACAAUGUGGCCGUGUACGAUGGCGAAUCCGAAAGCAGUUCUAUUUUGGGUCAUUUUUGCGGCGACAAAAUACCAUAUCCCAUCUCAUCUACAACCAAUCAGCUGUAUAUGGUAUUCAAAACGGACAAAAAUAAACAGAUGACUGGAUUCACGGCUAUACAUUCAACAUCAUGCGGCGGUUAUUUGCGUGCCACAAAUCAAAUACAGCAAUUCUACUCGCAUGCCCUCUUCGGCAACCGCAACUACAAUGAGAAUAUGGACUGUGAAUGGACGAUUCAAGCGCCCGCCAGCAGCAAUGUGCAGCUACUCUUCCUAACUUUCGAUAUUGAGGCCAGCGAAAAUUGCACUUACGACUAUGUACAAGUGUAUUCGGGCAUGGAGGAUACUAGUGGACCAAUGUAUGGACAAUAUUGCGGCAAUACGCUUCCACAAGAUAUUAUUUCCCUAACCGAUUCUCUUUUGGUGCGAUUUAAAACUGAUGACACUGUCACCAUGAAAGGUUUCUCCGCCUCCUACGUUGCCGUCGAUCCAUUCGAGAAUAGCGAUGAGGAUUUCAAUUCGUAUAGCGCAGAACGCGCUACACCAUUCCCGGGUUCUUUGAAGAGCAUCUACGAGGACUCGGAUGAGUAUAGUGAUUUCAGUGAGAAUCAAUUGAUUGUACGGCCAAGGGGUCGCUAUUACAACGGUUUCUAAAACGCGGCCUAUCGUGGAUGGCAUCCACCCAUAUUUUAUGUAACUCCUUGAAAUUGGCCGGCGCGGAUGAGGAGUGCAAAGAAGAAUAAAAAGAAAAAGAUGGUCAUGAAAAAAGUGAAACGUAAGAAGAUAAAGAUUUGGAAGCGUGAAUGAAUGAAAAUAAUGACAAUAGCGAAAAAUACUCGUAUCACAUAGAAUUUAGACUUUUCAUCUUUUAAAGCAUAUCAAACGUAAACAUACAUCAUCAAGUCAAAAUAGAGUACGAAUAAAAACUUAACAACAAAAAAAUCAAAUAAACUUUCUUAGAUUCAAUAAGACGAAAAGAAAUAUUUCGGUGUGCAAUUUACUUAAAAAUAUCAUACAAAAUGUAGAAUUAAUAAAAAAAAAUAUUAAAUAGAAAAACUCAAUUUUUAAUAUCUGAUAAAAGAAGAAAAAUCCGAUUGGAAUGUAACCUGCAACGGAUAUUUCGAAAAAAAUAUAUAAUCAUCAUCAUUUAUAGUAAUGAAAAUGAGAGGAAAAUCAAUGUUGAAAAAAUACAAAGUAUAUUACAGCGUUUGAAAUUAUAAAAUUGGAAAUAGAUGUGGUUACAUACAUUGCAACUUCUCGCAUUUUUGUUUAAAUAUAAAAACUAAUUUUUAAGUAAAAUUAGAAAAAAAACAAAAACCAAACAUGUGUAUUUAUGAAAGAAACAUAUUUUAGAAUGUUAAAUGUAUCUACAAAUUGCCGACAACUUAAAAAAAUUUACAUAUUAAAUUGACAUACCGAAAACUUAGGCUUAGGUGCAAACAACAUUUAUUUAAAUAAUAAUAAUAAUGAGGGAAUUGCAUUUAUGAAUAAACUAUAAUCGAUCAUAAAACAUUUAAACCUUUUCCUUGUUCUUUGUAGACAUUUUUGAAAAAUCACAAAGUAUCGAAAAUCUAUUUUAAGCGUUUAUGAAAUUACUUCAUGCAUGCGCACAUAUUUAUACACAAGAAUACAUUUAUAACACACUCAUAUCGAAAAACCUGGAAACCUUUUUGUGUUAAGCAAUAAAUUUGAAUCAAAUCGAUUUGAAAACAUCUUAUUAUUGUAAAAUUAUACAUCCAAAAUAAAUAAUUAGAC